GAGAGAGAGAGAGAGAGAGAAAGCGAGAGAGUGAUAGAGUCAUUGUCUUCCAAGUGUUUGAAAAAAGGCCUCAAUGAAGAACGGUAUUAUUUGCAAUGGAGAGAGUUUGGAAGCCUAACGUUGAGAUAUCUCCCAAUUGUCCGAGGUGUGGCUGUUCCAACACCAAGUUUUGUUACUACAACAACUACAGCUUGACGCAGCCGAGGUACUUCUGCAAGGGCUGCAGAAGGUACUGGACCAAAGGCGGGUCGUUGAGGAACGUGCCCGUCGGGGGCGGCUGCAGGAAGAACAGGAGAGGGAAGUCUCUGAGGCUGUCUUCGGCUGCUGCUGCUGCCGUCGGUCUUCACUCGAAAAAUUUGUGUUACGGAAGUACUACUACUACUACUACUGACCCGAUUGGACAUUCUAAUUAUCAUGGUGUCAAUAGUGGGAGUGCUAAUUUCUUGGCUGAUUCCACUAGGUCUUCAGGGUCUCAUAUAGAUCUUGCUCUUGUUUAUGCAAAUUUCUUGAAUCCAAAGCCAGAUUGCAAGAGUGGUACUAAUAAUAUUAUAAGUAAUAUUGGAUCAGAAAUACCUGAAUUGGGUAGUCAUGAUCAUAAUUUUGAUCCAUCUCUGGAGCCAGAUAUGACUGGGGGAUCCAGCAUUCAAUUAAUGCCUCAGAUUCCUGAAUUGUCCACCGAAAAUUGUUGCGACGGAAACGAGCAAAUUUACUUCUGCGGAUUGGACUCUUUUCACAAGCAUCAGGAUAGAAGUGAUCAGCAUUGUGCUAUUACCGAUUUCGCGUUGCCACCACUGCCCGGCCAAGAGUUUUUAUGGUCUACUUCUCAUAUGAUGGUUAGUCAAACCAUGCAAGCAACACAGCUACCAGUGAUCGGACCGCUAGAUCAUGUUCAAACUCAUCAAGAUCAUGAGAAUUUGUUGAGUAGUUGGAGCCCAUUUGAUUUGCCAAGUGAUCAUGAUACUUUCUCAGGAGUAGAUGAGAAAAUUUGAUUUUGUUGAGGUUUUCAUU